AUAGGAAUAAGAGUGCGUGUCGUAGACUAUUUUCUGAUCUUCAUGGGAUAAAUUGGGUGUUAAAUUUAAUGUUUUUCUUGUAAAAGCGAACAACAAAUAGCAGCUGACAUCACUCGCCACCUAAACAGAUAGGAAGUGUUGUAUUUUUCUAAAAAUAUAUUACAUAACGAUCUAAAGGAUUACAGAUGGGAAGCGGCAAAUCAAAGGAGCCUGAUGCAGAAUCUACUCGGAAAGGUGAUAUCGACUUUACGCGAUACAAAGCCCGUGUUGAUCGUGUAAAUGUUAGUGGCCUCAGCAGAACUCAAAAUGAUUACAUUCAGCGAGCGAUUAGGAGCCUGUUCACAGCAAGCAAUUUCCAGGAUGUUAUUUUGGAGACAACAACUGCCAAGGAUAACCUUAUGCAGUUGGGCAUUUUCAAGAAUUUGAAGAUUCACAUUGAUACCAGCAAAGGGGAAGGUGCGACCAAAAAUGGAUAUGAGGUUACAUUUAAGGGAGAUGAACUUUCUCGCAUUACUGGAAGCAUAGGCACCGAGCUGGGCCAAAACGACGGAGCUGCAACUGCAGAACUUACGUCGCCAAACAUUUUUGGACGUGGCGAAAGGCUUAGUUUAAACUACAGUUACAGCUAUGUUAGAAGCAGCGUACUUAAUCUGAGGUUUACGAAACCGUACUACCAUACGGUGGUUGGAGAUUACAGUCCAGAAACGUCCAUUUCGGUUUUCAAACACUCAUCGCCUGCACCGUGGUCCAAGUUUCGCACCGAUGAAACAGGAUUGCUUUUGGAUUUCUCGUUCAUGCUGCCGUUUGGACUGAGCAACAGUCUGCAAUACGAAGUUGGUAUGAAGGAAAUUUUCGCUUUAGAUAAGCAGACUCCAUUCUUCAUCCGGGAAAACUGUGGUCCCAAGUUGGCGGCUAUUGCUCGUUAUAUAGGUGUCUAUGAAGGUCGCGAUAGCAAUGUGUUCCCUACAAAUGGAGUGUUCAUAAAAACUACCAACGAACUGAUGGGUAGUUCGCUCACCCAGUUGGGUAUUGUGAAAAGUGACUUGCAUUGUGAGCUAAAUGUGCCACUAUUUGCCGGAAUCUCGAUGCAAAUGUGUGGAAGAAUCGGAAUGCUGAUAAAUGAUAAACGUAAAGAAGCCGUCCCCAUCAAUCAGCUGUUCUUCCCUGGUGGACCACAGUCAUUGCGAGGUUUUGAAAUCGCCGGUGCCGGUCCUUAUAGGGAUGGUGUUGCCGCUGGAUGUCAGUCGUACUGGGCGUCCGGAAUUCAUGUGUGGAGUCCCCUGCCUUUUAGUAGAUACUUCGGUGGCUUUGGAGAUCUAUUCAGGACGCAUUUAUUCUACAACUUUGGAACCUGCAAUGCUUUUACAACAGACAAACUACGUAGCACUGCUGGUGCGGGUCUUGCAUUUAGGAUAGGCCAGAAGGCACGUAUCGAAUUCAACUACUGCCACCCACUGUCAUUCGAAGCAGGCGAUCGCGUGAAAAAAGGUUUCCAGUUUGGAAUAGGUUAUGAAUUUAUUUAAAAGAAUAGCUCCCAAGAAAAUUGAAACUACCGUUCUAAAAACAAAAGUCAACCAACAAAUUCGAAGGGCCUUGCUACGGAUACCUACUUAUCUCGGGCGCCAUGGACUGAGAGACCAAGGAAAGGGAAAGCUACGCAACAGAAUUAAAAAGGAUGGUUUGUAUUACUUCGUUACAGCACUAUUUUACGCAGAUUGGACGCCAGUCAUUUGUUAUAAAAAUAGAAUACUAUUAAGUUCAAUAAACCAAAUCGGUAGUUCUAGCCCAGUUUAGCGACUAUAAACUUUGGCUUAGCAAAUAAA